CCUUCCGAAAAAAGUCCCAUGACGUCACGUCACUUUAACACGGAAGUGAAUUGGGCAACAAAACGCCGAGUGACAUCUAUAGCAAGUAGUUCCAGUUUAGUGCUAUUUUUCGACCUUCUGUCAUCAUGUUGGGUGGAGGGUUUAAAGCAGAAAGACUAAGAGUCAACCUUCGGCUGGUCAUUAAUCGUCUCAAACUUCUUGAGAAAAAGAAAACUGAGCUUGCUCAAAAGGCAAGGAAGGAGAUUGCUGAUUACUUGUCAUCAGGCAAGGAUGAACGAGCCCGUAUCCGUGUUGAACACAUCAUCAGAGAGGACUAUCUUGUUGAAGCCAUGGAGAUCCUGGAGCUGUACUGCGACCUCCUGAUCACUCGCUUUGGGCUCAUUCAGUCCAUGAAGGAGCUAGAUCCAGGUUUGCAGGAGGCGGUGUCUACCCUCAUCUGGGCAGCUCCUCGACUUCAGUCAGAGGUUUCUGAACUAAAAAUAGUCUCUGAACAGCUCUGCGCAAAAUAUAGCAAGGAGUAUGGCAAGCUAUGCAGAAAUAACCAGAUUGGCACAGUCAACGACAGACUAAUGCACAAACUGAGUGUGGAGGCUCCUCCCAAGAUCUUAGUGGAACGCUAUCUGAUCGAGAUCGCCAAGAACUACAAUGUGCCGUAUGAGCCUGAUGCCAUGGUUCGGCCCGAGGUGUGUGUUGGAGAGGAGGCAGACCUCAUUAACGUGGACAAUGACAGAAAGUCUGGAGGAGGUGGAGGAGGAGGGGGUUUCUCUGCUCCUCCUGUUCCCAUGCAGAUGCCCAUGCCCAUGCCUAUGCCUAUGCCAACACCUUUCAGCUAUCCCCCUCCCAAAGGACCAGAACAUUUUAACCCUGCAGUAGGAACCUACGGUGGAUUCCAGCCCCCCAUGGGAGCAGGGCCACCACCCGAAUUGCCCACUUCUCCCCCCACAUACGAGUCUAUUGAUGAUCUUAAUGAAAAGCCCUUUGUUCCUUCUCAGGCAACAGGCCCGCACCCCGCACCUCGCCAGUUUGACAGCAACGCUUUACCAGAACUCCCCUCUGUUCCCGACACUCUGCCCACGUCCUCCUUAGGUGGGAACACCGCCGCCUCUGACGACAUUGACUUUGACGACUUGACACGGAGAUUCGAGGAGCUGAAGAAGAAGACCUAAGUGAUACAGCUGUGGUCUAAACACACACACAGGCACACUUGUCUCCUCACAAUCACACUAAAAUUAAAAAAACUAUAUAUUGAAGGCUUAAAAUCAGACUUGGGUAGUUCUUCACACCGCUUAAUGGUGAAGUCAUUUUACACUGAUAUUUAAAUGUAAAUGUGUUCUUACCUCAUUUAUCUGACUAAUCUUUACCUUGUCCACCUCUUAGAGAAAAUGUACAUACUUCCACAGUGCCGUCAUAUACUUUUCUAAAUAGCACAUUUAGUCAAAUCUCUUAUUCAAUCACAUCGGUUCUGAUCCCUGUUCCUAUGGGUUCUUUCAAAUGUUUCCGUUUGAUUGCUUCAUAGGGCAUUUAAUCACAUUAACAUCCAAAAACAUUGUUUUCCUGGCAGAUAGGGGGGUUGAGGUGAACUUGACACACCUUGAUUCUACUUUGCACACGCUGAUGUCGCUGUGAUCUCCACCACUGUGACACUCGGCUCUGUCUCAAACCCGUCAGACGAGCCAGACGAGCUGCCGCGUCAUUAGAAGAAAUGUCGAGUCUUUGCUUGUCCUCAGUCAGAAGUGCAUCAGCAGGUGGUCGGGCAGUUCAUCACUGUGGAAGAGAUAUUUGGAACCAGUCGUUCUGCUCUGGCCGUCUCACCCAUCAAGGCUGUGCUUAUAAUGUAUAACUUGUACAUGCGACUCCUCCAAAAAAGCCCUGUGUUGUCAGACUGACAAUUGGUAAACAACCUGUAUAGUAAAGUGUAAUAAUAACAGAUUUAUUUACCUGUGCAGCAGGAAGUUGUCCAACAGAUUUAUACUCUCCCAUCUCCAAAAAAACAUUUCUUUUUGUUUCUCUUUGAAUGUUAAUUCUACCAAAAAGGUGCACUUUGUAAUGAAGCGGUUCAUGUUUAAGCCUCUCAAUGAUCGCAUAAGGUUCUAGGUCGGCCGGGGUCUGAUACUGUAGGUGCAUCACUGCGUUUGCCUUAGCGAUCGUCUCUCAGUUGAGGACUCUGUAUAGGUUUAAACGUUUAUCAUUGAUCAAGACUGAGUCUGUUGCAUCUCUCGAGGUUCAUGUUUAUUACCAGUGGAAAAAGUGAGCGAAGGGGUUUUUGUUUACGUCAGUUGCCGUAGCCUGACCGACCACACCCAGCUCUCCUUUGCAUGGCUAAUAAUCAAGCGGAAGCUAUCCUCGAGCAGAAUGAAUCAGCAGUUUCUGGAGGCAACUUGAGACUUUUUCCGCUGUUUGCUUUUGGGUUUGAUGUGUCAUGAAAUAUGAAAAGAGAAUAUUAUCACUGCAAUGCUUUGACUAGCUCUUUUUCUUGUUUUUAAGUUUAACUGUUUAGUUAUUCUUCAUGUUUAGACACAAACCUGUGUCUUUUAAAAAGAAAACAUGUUUUCUACUCUGUAUGCGAUAACAAUUUAAUAAAAAGGCUGUUUGGAACUGGAA